AUGACUCAUUUCCGAUGGAUGUAUCCAAUUGUAAGCGUAUGGAAACAAGAAUACGAAGUCCCAAUGGUAGAGGCGGGGACCACACUGGGUCUCGGCGGCGGUUUGUAUGUCAAACCAGGUGUGGAGCCGACACAAUUACCCUCACCACCAGCUCCCAAACUUCUUGGACCUUUUGAACCACUUAUCAGAUUCUCCGGCCUGGAUUGUCACAAGUUACGAAAAGAAAGUAUACGAUCAGUAAAGGGAGUUGUAUCAGCUGUAGUCGCCCUCAUCAUUUUAGUUAUCAUGGUCAUCGAGAUCUUCACAUACAUGGGAAUUCAGGAUAAACCAUUCUCAGUCGGGUGGGCUGAAUCGACAGCAUACGCAUUCAUGGCAUUGCAAGCGUUCAUCAGUGCGAUUGCAGUAAUUUGUUGGACUAGGGAAAACUUUGUUUCACAGUUCGAAGACACACUAUCUCGGUUACGAACUAUGAGAUUAUCAACUAGUCAAAGUAUUGAUGAUUACACAAAUUUCCAUCGAAAAGCAGCUGUUAUGAUCGUGCCUAUUUUUGCAGUGAUCUUGAGUACUUCUUUCUAUUCUUCGGUUACAAAUCGAUACCAGUUGAAUGACAAUAGCACAUUCUAUUCUGAAUCAAUUCUCCAUCAGUUCGCCCCAUUCAUUGAUUUCGUGGGAUGUCUUGCUUCAUCGAUGGCUAUCAUCAUCUAUGUGACAGUGAAUACGGCAUUGAAUCGAGAAAUCAAACAUUUCAAUAAAGAACUGACGAAUUCUGCGAGAUUCCAGCAAUUGACGCUCCCUCAAGUACUGAACAACUACAGUAAACGCCAUUCCGAUUUGAUUCAAUUAACUCGAUUCGUGAAUCAACAUUUGAGUAAAUACGGUGCAAUUGUUCCACUCUUCUCGUUGACAGCAUUUAUAAAUGUCAGCUAUAUUGUGGGAAGUUUCAAGGCGUCCCUGGAUCCAGUGAUGUAUGUCUUGUUGAAUGGAUGGACGAUUGUGUGUAUGGGAAUAACGAUAGCUGGGUUGUCCCCAUUGGUCAAAGUUCAGAAUAAUAUCCAAGAAACCGCUGAAAUUCUGAUGCAUGAUGACGUCCUUCAAACUUGUGGAGAUGAUCAGAUGCAUCACACCUACCGUGUCACCCUCGACCGUUGCCUCCACAGUAACUCGAAAAUGGCAUUCUUGAAUGCGUUUCCCGUCGAUUCGAACUGCUUCAAUCGAAUAAUGUUCUUCGUUCCGAAUAUAUCAGCCGCCAUGAUCCUCUACAGAUUAUCUCAUCCUUACUUGUGA